AUGCGAUUCGUUAUUUACUCCUUAGCGUUAAUAUACAUUACUGUGAAUGCCCAUAGAACAACAUUGACAUUUGGUAGACCUCCAGAAGGGUUUUUAGGAGGAGCUGAUACCGUCAACUAUACUUGGACAGAUCCCAAAUAUAUGGUAUAUUCUAACAUCACACAGAAAGUUGAUCAUUAUUUCGGUAAUAAUGACACAUGGCUACAGAGAUAUGAAUAUAACAGCAAAUUCUAUGAUAAAACUAAUGGAAUAGUGUUUCUGAUGCUUGGAGGAGAAGGCCGACUGAACGAUAAAUGGGUUCGUAAUGAGAAUGUUUCGAUGAUGCAAUGGGCUGCUCAGCACAAAGCUGCAGCAUUUCAACUCGAGCAUCGCUUCUACGGGCCACGAGAUUACGCUCCAUAUAAUAACCAAACAGCUGAUAUACUGCAGAAGUAUCUCACAAUUGAUCAAGCACUAGCAGAUAUAGCUGCUUUUAUCAUAAAAAUGAAUGAGCUCUACUUCAAUGGCCAAACCACACGCUGGGUGACAUUCGGAGGAUCAUAUCCAGGAUCUCUUUCUGCUUUUUUCCGUGAAAAAUACCCUCAACUUACGAUUGGAGCAGUUUCUUCUUCAUCCGCUGUUCAUGUAUUCGUCGAUUAUUACGGAUACGCAGUCAACACAGAAAAAAAUUAUGAAGGCUAUAGCGCCGCGUGUGGUCAGAGAAUACGCGAUGGUUUCAAAGACAUGAUCAACCUUGCCUAUAGUGGUGUAGCUGGGCGCCAACAGCUUAAACAAACUUUCAAUUUGUGCGACGACUUCAAUGAACAGAGAAUCACGAAAUCUGUACAGUUCUUUUUCCAAAACGUAUACGGCGUAUUCCAGGGAAUCAAUCAGUAUUCUGGAGACAAUAGAUCCCCAGCAUCCGAUGGACUGAAUAUUCCUGAAGUUUGUCAGAUUUUGCUGAAUCAGACUAAAACGAUUACCCCGAUGGCCAGCAUCAAAGCUGUGUGGGAUUAUUAUAAUAGCUUCUAUGGUGGAAACGGUUGCAAUGAUAACAGUUAUGCGAAGUUCAUUCAAACAUAUAGCGAUACUUCGUACCCAGACGAUACAGACAUAGUCAGUACCCGUAGUUGGAUCUGGCAGACAUGUACAGAGCUGGGGUAUUUCCAAACAACUGAUGGAGGAAACAAUGGAAUGUUCGGAAGUACAGUACCAGUGGAUUUCUUUGUGGAUCAGUGUAUUGACCUCUUUGGAGCAGAUUAUACUUUAACUCAAACAUAUAUCUCAGUACACAAUGUUAAAACUGAAUUUGGAGCUCCAGAAGCUUAUCGAGGAACAAAUGUUGUUUUUCCUAAUGGGUCACUUGACCCUUGGAAAUCUUUAGGGCUACUUUCAGGAUUCAACAAUGUCGAUAAUGCUGUUGAUGCUUUCCUUAUAAAUGGUACUGCUCAUUGUGCCGAUAUGUAUCCCGCCAGAGCAGCAGAUCUUCCAUCUUUGGUUGAUGGUCGGGCACGCAUCAAAAAGAACCUUGAUACAUGGAUCGAUCAAGCUUUAAAAGAAAAAAAAUCGUCUACAAAUAUGAGCAUUUUGAUCAGUGUCAUGGCGGCGACAUUUUUCAAGUUUUUAUAA